AUUCUGUCUUUGCAGGAUUCCUCUUUUUAGUCAUAGGUAAGUUGUAACACAAGCAUGGUGAUGAAUCUGGAGUUGAACAAAGUUGGUGCAUAGAUAAGAGAGAUGGGAAAUAAGGAAAAGGCAAAGGAACGAAGAGAACAGAGACUUCACGAGAUUCGGCUUCUGAGGACCAUUCCCUAUUCUGAUCACCAAAGGUGGUGGUCCAAGGAAACUGUUGCUGUGGUUACUGGUGGAAACAGAGGUAUUGGGUUUGAGAUUUGUAGACAACUUGCUGCUCAUGGAUUGACUGUUAUACUGACAUCAAGAGAUGCUACUGCUGGUGUUGAAUCAAUUAAGGUUUUGCAAGAAAGUGGUCUGGAUGUGGUUUAUCAUCAACUUGACGUAGUAGAUUAUUCAUCCAUCAACCAGUUUGUUGAGUGGUUGCAGGAAAACUAUGGUGGUUUAGAUAUUCUGGUAAACAAUGCUGGUGUUAAUUUCAAUCUCGGGUCUGAUAAUUCAGUUGAAAAUGCUCGCAAGGUUAUUGAAACAAAUUAUUAUGGCACUAAGAAUUUGACUGAUGCUAUUAUCCCAUUGAUGAAAUCAUCCCUCCUUGGUGCUCGAAUUGUUAAUGUAAGCUCACGUCUAGGUCGACUAAAUGGAAGAAGGAAUAGAAUCAGCACCGUAGCCUUGAGGGAACAACUGAGUAAUGUGGAAUCCCUUUCAGAGGAACUUAUUGGCAUGACUGUAUCCACUUUUUUACAACAAGUAGAAGAUGGAACUUGGACAUCAGGUGGGUGGCCUCAAACAUAUACUGACUACUCCGUGUCGAAACUUGCAGUGAAUGCUUAUACAAGGCUUAUGGCUAGGAAGCUUUCUGAGAGACCAGAAGGUCACAAAAUUUAUGUUAAUUGCUAUUGCCCGGGUUGGGUGAAGACAGCUCUUACAGGUUAUGCAGGGAAUAAUACUGUUGAGGAGGGUGCUGAUACUGGAGUAUGGCUUGCCCUUCUGUCGGACCAAACAAGCAUGGGAACUUUUUUUGCGGAGAGACGGGAAAUAAACUUUUAACGUGUUGCUUACUGGGAUUAGAAGAAUUAAUUUAGAAAGCAUUUGAAUGCCUGUUUCACUCUCUGAGCAAGCUAAAUCUCAUUUUCCGAUGAAGAAAACCUGAAAGCAAGGGACGCAGAGCAUUAGAGUUCAAAAGAAGGGAAGCCCAGGGCACAAAGCUCCUGCAUGUGCAGGGUCCGGCCAUUUGGUCUAUUGUAGCAUCCUCACCUUGUUUUUUACACAAGAGUUAACACUCUUUAAUCGCUACUGACUUGUACAAUUUUCAAAGGAAAAAAAGUAUGGAAAUCAGUCUGUUGGCAUUUGGCAACAGUUUGCUAGCAA